AUGCCUAAUAACACAACAACGAGUCGCCGUUCGCAAGGUUUAUCUCGGUGUCGUCCGAAGGUCAUCCUCAGCAAGGAAGCUAGAGCUCUUCUCACCUCCCAGCGUCGCCAAAAAUCUAAGGGUUUCAAGACAGCACUCAAUGAUGCUUGGCUCCAUAUCGACGAAACGGUGAAGACAAUCGCCUCGUCUCACCACAAGAGUAUCCGACGUGUCGCAAACAACUUGUAUAUGGGCCGUGGAGGGCUGCGCUUCAAGCAUUCAAAGUCAAACGCCUGGAAUGCAUUUUGCUGGAAGAAAAAUCAGGAGGCGAAGGAUGAAAAUGCUCAAACUAGCUCCGGAAAAGGUGUACUGCAAGAUCUUCUACAUAACUACUCCGAUGAAUAUCGCGAGCUCUCUCAGGAUGAAAAAGACCGUCUUGUCGAAGAAUACGAGGAGAAUAAGCUUCUCAAGUCCACAGGUAUUAAAAUCUCAACGAAGUCCAAGAUUAACAAUGUCACCCAAACACUGAAGGCUAUCGAGAACGAGUUGAAUAGUCUUAAGUGUCACACCGGCGCUGAAACAAUUCUUUACAUGGUGCGGGGCUCUACUGACAUCCCACUACGUGGUAUAAUAUUUGCCACCGAAGGUGUCAAUGAUUUCAUGGCGUCGGUAAUGAAUAUUGAUGACCAGCACCUCGUCAGCAAGAUGGAAGGUUUUGCUAUCCAAGGCAUGCGAGGUGCCGCCCACAAUUACAAGGACUGCUGUUCGGAGAAGCGGGCAUUAAUAAGACAACAAAUCAAUCGCGCACUUCAGGAAAUCACUAAGGUACCAAAGGCAAUGAUGCAGUGGGCGAACUACUGGCACAACGUUGUCCAAUGUUAUCGCAUCAUCUGUGAAGGUUGGCCUGCCCACAUCCCAUUCAAAAAUCUUAGCGAAGCGUCUACUUCCCUUCCUGAGCUGCAGAUGCUCCAUGACAUGUGGAAGAACAAGCUGAUUUCAUGGAGACUCCUCGACGAGGACGAAUACCAGCGGCUCCUUCGAGAGCACAACGAGAAGGUCAAUACUGGAGAGAUUGUUGAGUCCUCCCGUCGGCCUCGCUCAGACAAGGGGAAAAAACGCGUCCGACCAACGGAGGAACCUUCCAUUCCUCGUCGCAAGAAGAUAUACAAAAGCCUAGACACUAUUGAGAGUAGUGAUGAAGAGGUCAAUGCACCACACACAGGCACUUCGGCGCCUUCACCCUCAGUGCCUUCGCCCUCUUCUGUCCAACCCUCUGUGUCUACUUCGGCACCUUCGCCUUCACCUCCUUCUGUCCAGCCCUCUAUGUCUACUUCGGCGCCUUCGCCUUCGCCUCCUUCUGCCCAGCCCUCUAUGUCUACUUCGGCACCUUCGCCUUCGCCUCCUUCUGCCCAGCUCUCUAUGUCUACUUCAGCACCUUCGUCUUCGUCUCCCUCUGCAUCUACUUCGGCUCCUUCAACAUCAACUGCUUCUGCCAGUACCUGA